AUGCCACCCUUCCGCAAUCUGCUCAAUCGAAAGAACCAGCCUAAUGGGGCCGACGCCGGGGGUUUCGACGAGAAUCACCUCUCACCCCAUCCGCGCCCGGGUCCCAUCCCGUCGCGCCGGAGUUGCGACGGCGAGCCUAAUGAGUAUAAACUGAGCGUGGUCAACGAUAGCGGCGUUUAUCUCCCGCCUUCCCCGCCAGAGAAGCAAAGCUUCUGGCACAGAUAUCCCGGAUCCUCGCGAUCCUCGAAUAACCACCGCGACCUGGUGGACGAAAACGAACCCUUCUCAAUAUCCCGCGAAUCUUUCGACUCCUACCGCCGUUCAUUCGACAUCUCCGCCCGAUCCCCAAUCCACCACCCCGACGCCGCCCCAUCCCGUACCUCCCUCGACUCCCGCUUCUGCCGCAUCAACUCCCUCGCGAACCGCUCCACCAGCUUCGAGAAGCCGCCCUCGAUGGAAGAAGAGACCUUUGAAGAAGUAGGCCUCAACGACGAAGUCAAGCCCAAGAAAAAGGGCCUCUUCGCCCGAUUUGGCGAUAACUCCGGCGACGCGCAACACUCCGGCUCCAAGUCUUCGACCUCCUUUGGGUUCCACAUUCCCGGUAGGAAGCGCGGGCAAAGCGGGGGUGGAUCGGAACUGGGCGCCAUGAAGACAGUGAAACGCCGCGUCGAAUCCGCCGAGAACGGCAAUGGAAAGCGGAGCAAGAGCUCCGCCGCGAAAAAGUCCCAGCCUGCUGCGCUAGUGAAGAAGUCCUCUUCUAAGAAGGAUGUGAAGCCCUCCAAGGGCGACAAGAAGAAGGCUCCGAAGAAGAAGAUUCAGGAAGAGUCUGAGGACGAUGACGAGGAUGACUUCGAUAUCGAUGAUGUUUCGGAUUCCGGAGACGAUCUUGAUGUGAUAGAUGAACCUCCCGAGGAUGUCGAGAUGGAUGAUGUCGAGGAGGACGAUAGUGAGGAGGAAGAGAAGAGUGAUGGCGAUUGGGACGAUCCAAGCGAAUCAAACGAUUCAAGCGACCAACAAACACUAUCUUUAGGUAAUGCCUCGCGCGAGUCUCACGCCAAGCAAAAGGUCCUCCAGCAGGAGCGCAAGGCCGCCAAGCCGAAUGCCGCCAUGAUCGAACGCUCAAAGAAGCUGUGGGAACAGCUGCGCCGCAAGUCCCACGUCCCGCUCGAGCAGCGAAAGAAGCUUAUCAAGGAAUUGUUCGAGAUCAUUAUUGGCCGGGUUCGGGACUUCGUCUUCAAGCACGAUUCCGUUCGAGUUAUCCAAACCGCUCUGAAAUACGGCAACCUUGAGCAGCGAAAGCAGAUUGCACAGGAAUUGAAGGGAAACUAUCGCGAGCUGGCCCAGAGCCGUUACGGCAAGUUUUUGGUUGGAAAGUUGAUUGUGCACGGUGACACUGAGACCCGCGACAUGAUCAUCCCCGAGUUCUACGGGCACGUGAAGCGUUUGAUUCGACACCCCGAGGGAUCGUGGAUCCUAGACGAUAUCUACCGUACAGUUGCGACAAAAGAGCAGAAGACCCGUCUUCUGCGCGAGUGGUAUGGGCCCGAGUUUGUUCUCUUUCAAGAUGAGAAGGAAGUUACUGCCGACCUUCCCACGAUUCUGGCCGCCCAUCCUGAGAAGCGAUCGUCCAUCAUGCACUUCCUCCACGAGCUUAUCAACCAGUUGGUUCAGAAGAAGAGCACUGGAUUCACCAUGCUUCACGAUGCUAUGUUGCAAUAUUUCCUCAGCACAAAACCCGGCAGUACCGAGGCGAACGAGUUCCUGGAGUUAUUGAAGGGUGACGAGGAAGGCGAUCUGGUCAAGAACUUGGCUUUCACACAGUCUGGCUCCCGCUUGAUGUGCUUGGCCUUUGCCUACGCCAGCGCGAAGGACCGCAAGCUGUUGCUACGAUUCUACAGGGAUACCGUCAAGGUGAUGGCUGGCGAUCUGUACGGCCACAUGGUGCUUCUCUCCGCCUACGAGGUGAUUGAUGACACCAAGCUGAGCAGCAAAUCGAUAUUCUCCGAGCUGCUGAACCAGAACGAUACUGAGGAGGCCCGUGACAACGAAUUGCUUUACCAGGUGACCGAUCUGACCGCUCGUAUCCCCGUGCUUUAUCCAUUCACCGGCGACCGCGUCAAGUGGCUCCUCCCUCCACUGGACCGAGAAAUUCUGGCCGAGGUCCGCGAGAUUCGGAAAGAGACCUCGAAGAAGGACCCGGCCGUGCGUCAACAGGAACUGGCCAAGGCCGCCUCACCCACCCUCCUUGCAUUCAUCGCGGCCCGCGCCGAGGCUCUCCUGGAAAGCAGCUUCGGCUGCCAGCUCAUCUGCGAGGUGCUGUUCUCUGCGGAUGGUGACAAGACCGCCGCCCUGAUGGCCGUGGCCCAGGCUGCAAAGACCGACUCUGAGUCCCGCGACUCGGCGGCAUUGGGUCGCGCGCUUAAGUCCCUCGUGCAGGGUGGACCAUUCAAUCCCGCGAAGAGGACCGUGGAGAAAGUGCAGCCUCUGCUGAACUUCCACGGGUUGCUGUACGAGCAGAUCCGCGACGACAUUAUGAAGUGGGCGACUGGCCCCAACGUAUUCGUGAUCGUGGCCUUGGCGGAGUCGGAUGACUUUGAGCAGAAGAACGAGCUGCUGAAGACACUCAAGAAAAACAAAAAGGCGCUGGAGCAGGCCUCGGCGUCGGGCAAGGAUGGUGACAAGCUGGGUCCGACGGCCAGCGGAGCCAAGCUGCUGCUGGAGAAGCUGUAA